AUGUCUUUUGGCAGGUCUUUGGCAUUAAGCCAGAAUGCAUUUCUUCAGCCACCCACCUCAUCAAAGGACCGAAUUUCAGGAGAAGGCACAGACGAUGAGUCAAAAAGCUUGCAUCGUGGAAGGGGGGCAACUUUACAAGAUUCUUUUGCUGGAAGAAUAAACAAUAAUAGAUUUAUCGGUCGCCCAUAUGCCUCUCGCUGGAGACAUCAUCUGUCUUCGAGUAAUGCCCCGUUAUCGUCGAGAAACUUCCUGUACAGCAAAGAUCAGCCUGAAGAUACGGAAGACGAAGGAUUUGAUUCGAAUGAUGUCGAUUUCGUGAGCUCCGAUGCUCGGUUACCCGAGUCGGAUAUGCUCGAAGCUAUUCACUCCUAUUCGAGCCAUUUCUAUGCGAACGCUGUCGAUAAUUGUGGGAGCAACGACUUUGCCAGUAUGGACGAAACAGCGUUGAUUGCAAUGGGUAUUCUGCUAGAAGAACUGGCCAACCAUUCAUUGGGCGAAACCGGUGAUUUGGUUCUGGUAGAACGUGAUGGCGAGGAUGAUUCCGACUUGGAAAGCGUUGCCAGCUGCCUGUCUACUGGAAGCAGAGUCAGAAAGCGAUCCAAUUCUGUUCGAAGCGCCCCAAGGAACAAGUCCAUUUCGCCCGAAACAAAAUGUCAACUAAUACUGGAUUACAUACGCUCAACUCGCAUUUGUCAUACCCUUAAAGACCUCGAAAAGUCUCUGCCACCCGUCGCCUCGAUCAACGGAAUUCAAGUCAAAGAAUACAUACAAGGGUUACUAGACGACAACAAGAUACGUGUGGAGAAGAUCGGCAGUGUCAAUUGGUACUGGAGCUUCCCCAGCGAUGAGCAACGAGAGCGCGAGAACGCAAAGGAGAAGCUCGUUCGGGAUAUGGAGCGAUUGACGAAAACCACAGACCAGCUAGAAGCUGAAAUACGCGAAAAGGAGGCCUCAUUGAACAAUGAUAGCGGGGGUGAUGAUCCUGCUAUCGUUGCUGCGAAAGCUGCUGAACGGAAAAAUUUGACGAACCAGAAGUUUACUCUGGACGAAGAAGUAAAGGUGCUCGAAGCAAAGCAGAACGCUCUCGAGUCCGGUGGUGCUGCGGGCAUCAAAAAGAAAACAGGGGACAUCGUUACGUGGAAAGCAGAUACAGCCAUGUGGACUGACAACAUCUACAUUAUGGAGCAGUAUCUUAGUACAAUUGCCUGCGGAGACCGUGAUCUUAUUGAGUCGGUGAAGAGACAGUGCUGUGGAAAGGAAUAUGUGGAAGGUGAAGGCUUGCCCGAAUUGCAAUUCUAA